AGGUCCAUACUUCAGUGAGCAGAGCAGUUGAGUUUUUACAACUUACGACAGGAGUAGAGUUUCCACCUCCAGAAACAAUGCUGCAUGCAUAUUUGCAGUUUGAAGCCCUCACAGAUCAUGAAUACAAGUAUUCAUGCCCCACCUGUGGCGAUUAUCCUCCGGUCGUGAUCAUGGGUGUACACAAACAUACUGCUUCUCCAUUAUCAGAAAAUGACAUUGAAAAACCUCCAGGGAAUUUUAAAGGGGAGGUCAAUCUGGAAGAGUUCUGGGAGUCACUGUCCAAAGAGAUGAUCAGUCGAGGAUUUGUUGCAAAUGGCGGACACAAUCCAUUUGCAGUACCACCAAGUUAUCACUUUUGGGCUCCUUGGAUCGGCAAAAACACACGGCAUUCAGACACUGUGCUAAACACGGAGUUUGAAAAAGUCCACUCUUCAAAGUCUGCAUCAGAGAUUUUAGAAAUGACACUUACAGAGGAAAGACUCCGAGAAGAACUUUUCAAACAGAAGGAUGACGUGAUUAGAAGUUUAUGCAAUGAAUGUGGUGUGGACUCCACUGGAUCUCGCAGUGAUCUCCUUCUUAGAUUGUCCGAUGAAAUGAAAUCCAGGCAAACAUAUGACAAAAUCUAUUCAAAAAUCUGGAGUGCCACUGGAGGCUGGGGAGUCAUUAUGUGCCCCUGUGGAAUUGUUUACAGUCUAAAAUGCAAUCUUCGAGCUGAGAGCCAUCAAGAUUUUGCUGAUUUGCUGUUAUCAUGGCAUCAUAUGCCUAAUGUCAUAAUUUAUGACUUUGCACAGGCUCUCUCAAAACACAUCAAUCUAAGGGCACCAGAAGAGCUACCCAUCUCUCCAUUUGAAGGACGCCUGGUGGAACCCACUCAAGAUAACACAGAACUGGCCAAGUGUGGACAGCUGAAAGUGUCCCUGCCCUGGCUGGAUGAAAAAACCAGAGGCACAGAAUCAGAUCCUCACGGACACCCAGUGACGGGCUCAUCUGAUCAUUACGUACUUUGUGACCGUUUUCAUGAAGGCAGCACAGAAGAUGGAGAUGUUCUGAGGAAGCUCACCCUCGUGCCUCAGCUGGCCGACAAAGUCAAUAGUGAGAUUGCAGAGCAACUCUUUGCUCAAAUGAAGAAAAACGACUACUUUUUGAACAUGUCUUUGCCAUCAACACAUCUGUUUCAAAUGAGGAACAUCAUUCACCACUAUAAUGAAAACAAGGCCAACAAACUGAGCACCAGAUCAACCAAGAGUUUUGGAUCCAACUUGCUGACUGAAGCUGUGUUGGGUACAUUUUAGAUUAAUGUUAUACAGUAAUAAGCAACAUCUGAAAUGUUGUGGAAAGACAUGGGUAAAAUUACAUACAUAUAUAUAUAUACAUAUCCUAAUAGCACAUAUGUGCAGUAUAAAAAUCUUUAAAAAAAUUUUUUUUUUUUUUUCUUCCUAUUCUGUCUUUAAGCUUGACUGCACAGCACAGACAACCCACUGGAGUUGGAAACCAUCAUUUCUAUUAUAUUUUUAUCAAAUGUUUGAAUUUACUUUCAUUCAAAGAUGGCAUUGUGCUUCCUGGACACUGGAUUAUUAAAUUUUUUUGCCAUUUGUAUA